UUGCUUGCGGGACUGCAACCACUGGACGAUCGUGAUGAACUCCACGAUCGUAACGAUUCCACGCUCACCUUCCGUUCCCAAGCAGAGCAAGGUUCGAGAUGCCCAUAGUAAAAGUUUGACAAGAGAGCAAACAACCUCCCUGAAACCAACAACAUGAACAAUACUGACAAUGAAGUUCCCCUUGACAAGGUUCUAUCAAGCUUUCUGACUGAUGAGGAAGUUCAUGAUGUAACCUUGCUGGCAAAUGAUGGCACAAAAGUAGAGGCAAACCGCUUUGUUUUGUCCAUCAGAUCUCCAGUAUUUCGCCGCAUGUUUCUGGGAAAUUUCUCUGAAUCCAACAAGCCUGAGGUAACUGUUGGCUUUGGUGGAAGCAUCAUGCAGGAUAUUGUGGAAUACAUUCAUACAGAUUCAUGUUCUAGUCUUGUUGGGAAGAAACGAAAGGCCUGUAAUGAGAAUGAGACAGAGUUGUGGAAUCAGGCCAAGGAACACACCGAGAAACUGGUGGGGCUCUCUACGGCUGCCACAUACUACAAUCUACCUAGCCUUGUCCAGAAGAUCGAGAAGAGCAUCUCAAAGUCCUUGGAAAGUACUCCAUCCUUGUCAUUGGCGCUCUUGGCAGCAUGCCACAAAGCAGGCCCCUCGGUUCCAGCAGAAUUGGCUGAGCCUGCCUGGUUAUUGGUCCGAACCAAGGACGAUGCCCUCAUGAGCUCAAAGGCAAUUGCAUGUGUGGAUGCAACUCUGGUGGAAAAGAUUCUCAAGGAUGAUCAAAUGAUGGUUCAUGAGUACAAUCUUGUUCUAUUUCUGGUUCAAUGGUUUCAAAUCAACCCAAAGAAUCGCAAAUCGAUUGCCAAAGAGCUUGGAUGCAACAUCAAGCUGGAAAAAAUAAAUCCUUCACUUCUCUCUGAUACUGUUGCCUCAUCUGGCCUGUUCAUGUCUGAUCAAAUCCAUGAAGCCUACAAAAACCAAGCCCUGCAUGCAGAACAAGCUCACUCUGUGCCUUUUCAAGGAUCACGAUAUUUCCAUGUCUGGAAAAAAUCUCGCAAUACAGUGACCGGUUUGGAUGAGUCUGGUGUCAAUACAGACACUCUCGUGUGCGCUCCCAUCGAGAACGGUAUCCACCAAUGGACAGUGAAGCUAUUAAAAGAUGGUGAUAGAUACCCAGGUGUUGUGUUGGGGAUUGUCUGCACCCAAACAUCUGUGGAAGAUGAAAGUCAACUUGGACACCGGAAGGUAGGUUGGGGAUUGGAUGCCGUUGGCAAAUCCUACGAAAAUGGCAAGCGGAAGAAAACUAAAAGGCGUGGUAUUCAGGCCGGCACAGAAGUCACACUGACACUCAAUCUGAACCCCAGCAAUGAAGGAAAUGGUACCUUGAACAUUUCCUGGGAAAACAACAAUGGAAAUAGAAAUGGUUCUCAUAAUGUCGUCGACAAUCUAUGUGAUCAUCUAAAGUCACACCCUGGAGGAUUUCUUCCUGCAGUAUCAACUUUGGAUGGUGCCCGUGUCCAGUUUGUAAAAAUGAGAAAGCUCCAAGAAGACUGACUGACCGUUACAGGUUGGUGCAUAUAAGCUACCAAGUAUAGCGUUCAUUCUUUGCACGUUGACACGUGAUCAUUUAGACUUGAAAGCAUCCCAAACACUUGAAGCGAAAGUCUAUUGCAUUGGCCAAAAUUUGAAAUCGUGUUCCCACAGACACUGUCCUCGUGCGACGAAACUCAUUUGCGUCCUAGGAUCCAUGACAGUCGAAU